AUGGCUGUAACACCAAACAACUGUCUCAGUGUUUUGAACGUCUCUUAUGCUGUCAGGGAACGUGUGGGUCCUUGGUGGAAUAUUCCAUCAUACAGUAAGAAGUGGAACAGACAGAUUCUCCAAGAUGUUUCAUUUCAUAUUGAAAGUGGUCAGCUCAUGGGUAUCUUGGGAAAUUCUGGAUCUGGAAAAACAACACUGUUGGAUGCCAUGGCAGGAAGACUGAACCAUAAGACAAACUUUCUUGGUCAGGUAUAUGUCAAUGGACGUGAGCUGAGACAGGAGCAAUUUCGGAACUGUUUUUCUUAUGUUCUCCAGAAUGAAACCUUAUUGAGCUACCUCACCAUAGAAGAAUGUUUGACUUACACUGCUUUGCUAGCACUCCAGAAGCACUCCCGUGAAUUCAUUAAAAAGAAGGUUGAUGCUGUUAUGGCUGAGCUGAGUCUCAGUCAUGUUGCUAACAGUGUAAUUGGAAGCCGUAUUUUUCGGGGAAUUUCUGAUGGGGAAAGACGUCGUGUUUCAAUCGCAGCACAGCUAUUACAAGAUCCCAAGGUUAUGUUGCUAGAUGAACCCACCACUGGUCUGGACUGCAUGACAGCCAAUCAAAUUGUCUGGAUGCUUUCAGAACUUGCUCACAAGGGGAGAAUAGUGAUUAUUACAAUCCAUCAACCACGGUCAGAACUUUUUCAGGUAUUUGAUAAAAUCUGCAUCAUGAGUUUUGGAGAACUGGUUUUCUGCGGAGGCCCAUCUGAAAUGAUCCGUUUUUUCAGUGGCCAUGGCUACACGUGCCCUGAACACUCCAGCCCUUUUGAUUUUUAUGUGGAUCUAACAUCCGUAGACACUCAAAGCAAGGAGCGUGAACUCGAAACCUACAGCAGAGUUCAAAACAUUUCUUCUGCCUAUAAGAAUUCAGAGAUUUUUUGCACAACUCUGGAGGCCAUUGAAGAAGCAAAAUGCAAUGCGAAGGAGCUGCCACCAGUACCCUUUAAAUGCGAAGAUUCUCCCAGUGUGCUUUGUAAACUAUGCAUCCUCUUAAGGAGGACAACGAGAAAUUUAUCCAGAGAUAAGGUUGGCAUAAUAAUGCGGAUUUCUCAAAAUGUGUUAUUUGGCCUCUUUGUGGCAUUCUUCCUUCUGAGGCUGAACAAUGAUUUUCUUAAAGGAGGUGUGCAAGACCGUAUAGGACUCAUUUACCAGUGUGUGGCCGCUCUACCAUUUACAGGAAUACUCAACGCACUGGCCCUAUUUCCAGCUUUACGGGCUGUUGGAGACCAAGAAAGUAAAGAUGGUUUAUAUCAGAAGUGGCAAAUGUUGCUUGCCUAUAUUGUGCAUUUCCUGCCCUUUAGUGUCAUUGGUGUUGCACUUUAUUGUGUCUUUAUAUAUUGGACUACGGGAUUAUACCCAGAAGUCUCUCGCUUUGGAUAUUUCUUUGCUGCUCUUUUAGGACCACAUAUCUUUGGCGAACUGCUUGCGCUUACUUUUCUUGGCAUCAUUCAAAAUCCAAAUGUGGUCAGUGGAAUAACAGUAUUGCUUAACAUAGCAGGUGUCCUAGCUGGGAGUGGACUUAUUAGGAGCAUGGAGGAAAUGCCUACUCCUAUUAAAAUGCUGAGUUAUUUUACCUUCCAAAAGUAUGCCAGUGAGAUCCUUGUUGUGAAUGAAUUUUCUGGAUUAACAUUUACAUGCGGUCACUUCAAUGUUUCUGCUGGAGUUGUGUCUCCCUGUUCAUUCUCUCAAGGGAGUCAGUUCAUUGAAAAAAACUUUCCUGGAGGACCAUCUCGAUUCACAACAGACUUUUUACUAUUAUAUGCCUUCCUCCCAGCACUCAUAAUUCUAGCAACUAUAAGCUUUAAAAUAAGAGAUAAAGUUAUUAUGAGGCUAUAA